GUAGAGGAACCAGAGAUUACACAUUGCAUCAACAUGAUCAUCUCAUAAAUCUUCUAUAAAACUCCCUCCCUAUUUAUCUCGCCAUAAUUUUCUCUUUCCUCUCUCUAACUCAUCCAGAUCAUUUUUUCUUCAAUCCUUCAUUCCUUUUAUGUAUGGGGUUUUCAAAUGGAACCUUAGAUAGUUACAAUUUCAUGUCAUCUUCUUCUUUCACCGACCUCCUUAACUCCGGUGCCGACGACUCAACUGAUAAGUUAGUCGUCGGCAACGGUUUACAAAACCAGAGCCUCUCCGAUCGAAUCGCUGAUCGAUUAGGCUCCGGAAUUCCAAAAUUUAAAUCUUUACCACCUCCUUCAAUUCCUAUUUCUCCACCACCAGUUUCACCUUCUUCAUAUUUUGCUAUUCCUCCUGGAUUAAGUCCUACUGACCUUUUAGACUCCCCUGUUCUUCUUUCCUCUUCUAAUGUUCUACCAUCCCCAACAACAGGGGCUUUUGCUGCUCAAGCUUGGAAUUAUACCAGCAACAAUUUGAACAACAAACAGGAAGAUAUAAGCAAAUAUUCAGAUUUUACCUUUCAAACACAAUUUAGGCCUAAUAAUGAUUCAUCUACUAUGUUUCAAUCAUCAUUCCCUAGUGAACAGGGUUUGAGAGGAGAUCAAAACCAACAAAAAUCAUGGGGUUUAGCAAAUCAAAACAAACAAGAUGAUCAAUCAUCAAACACAAUCAAAUCAAUGGUGAAAUCAGAAUUUCCCACUUCUCAAUCUGAGAAUUUCAAUCAAGGAAACAUUGUUAAGUAUAAACAAGAUCAGAAUUCUAGUUUCCAACCAGCUCAAUACAUUAAGGAUCAUAGAAAAUCAGAUGAUGGGUAUAAUUGGAGAAAAUAUGGGCAAAAACAAGUGAAAGGGAGUGAAAAUCCUAGGAGUUAUUACAAGUGUACAUUUCCUACUUGUCCCAUGAAGAAAAAGAUUGAGAAAUCAUUAGAAGGACAGAUUACUGAGAUUGUUUAUAAGGGUAGUCAUAAUCAUCCUAAGCCUGUAAAUACAAGAAGAUCAUCUUCUAACACUUAUCAGAAUUGUGUUGCUUCAACCAAUGAUUAUAAUGAUCAUUCAUCAGUCCAACAAAGAUCAUCAUCUGGGCAAAUGGACUCGGUCGCGACACCGGAGAUUUCAUCUAUUUCUAUGGCAGAUGAUGAGGUUGAUAUGGGUUCUCAGAGUCAGAGGAGUAGAUCAGUUGGGAAUGAUUUUGAUGAUGAUGAACCUCAAACUAAAAGAUGGAGAGGAGAGGUUGAGAAUGAGAUAAUGUCAGCAGCACCAGGGAGUAGAGCAGUAAGGGAGCCAAGAGUAGUAGUUCAAACAACAAGUGAUAUUGAUAUCUUAGAUGAUGGAUAUAGAUGGAGAAAAUAUGGUCAGAAAGUAGUGAAGGGUAAUCCAAAUCCAAGGAGUUAUUACAAGUGCACUCACCCAAGUUGCCCGGUGAGGAAACAUGUUGAAAGGGCAGCUCAUGAUUUAAAGUCAGUGAUCACAACCUAUGAAGGUAAACACAACCACGACGUUCCUGCAGCGAGAGGCAGUGGAAUGAGCCGAGCAGCCUUAGCCACUGUUGCGCAAAACAAUGGUGCCCUACACUCAAUGGCAGUAAGGCCAUCAGCUGUAAAUUACAUGAAUUCAACUCCUAUCAACAAUCACGAAAUGGCCUCAUCAUUUGCUGGGACAACACCAUUAUCUCCCUUUACAAUACAAUUAUUCCAAAACCAUGCAAAUUUAGGGUUUUCAGGGUACUUAAAUCAACCUCAAUACUCAGAUAAUAACAGCAUAUUUUCUAAUACUAGUACUACAACUACCACUACUAGACCUAAAGAUGAACCAAAGGAAGACUUGCCUUAUGACUUAUGAGUCAUUGCUUUGUUGAAAGAUAUACAUAUUUUCUGUUAGAGUAUAAAAGGCCUUAACUAUCAGCUUAACCUUUUAGUUGAGUUGGAGCAAACCAUCAGAUGUCAAAGAAUCGACUUAACAAAAAUUUAAGCUAAUGGUUGACGCUUAAAAUAUGUUAUAUACUUUCAUUUUAAUCAAACUGGACUAUAUCUUUUUUUUUUCUCUUAACCCUUUUUUGGGGUUAAAGGAAUUUUCACUAGGAGGAAGUUGAUAGUAGUAUUAGUUUUCAUACUGACAAAAAAAAGUUUUAUUUUAUAUUUAUUUGUUUAUUUGUAAGUUCACAUACUUGGUGGGUUGGUUUGUUUAUUUGUUCAUACACAGCAUUGACAAUUUGACAUACGGAUGUUUCAACCAA